AUGGAUAAAAAUGUGAAAAUUUAUUUGACAGAUAAUGAAAUCCUCUCGGUCUAUGAUGCUAGCAAAGACACCAGUGCAGCAGUUGUUUAUUUGAGAAUCCAGUCUGAGGGGAAGGUAUGCUGCACACUUUUGGCCUCCAAAACAAAGGUUGCACCAAUCAAACUUACAUCGAUUCCGAGGUUGGAACUAAUUGCAGCAUUGAUUGGAGCUAGACUUGCAUGCACUAUUCGACAAUCACUAAGCACUCCAAUUAACAAAAUAUUCUACUGGUCGGAUUCGGUUACGGUGUUAAGAUGGUUGAGAUCAGAUGCUAAAGCAACAAAGGGUCAAUUUGUUGCAUUUAGAAUUGCUGAAAUACAAGAACUAAGCAACAUCGGAAAUUGGCGAUAUACACCUUCGUAUCUGAAUGUGGCUGAUGACGCGACCAAGUGGAAAAAAGGACCAUCCCUCAAUAUGAACGACCGAUGGUUUAAAGGACCUGAAUUCCUGCACGAUGACGAAGUUGAAUGGCCGGAUGACAUCUCACUGCAACCAAAUCCAGAAAUUGAAAUCCUUGAGGCAGUUCACCAUCUUUGCGAAUCAGCUAUUAACUUCGAAAAGUUUUCGAGUUGGUUUAAAAUGCUACGACUAACAGCCUUUGUACAUCGGGGUAUUCACGUAUUAUUAAAUAGAAAAACUAAAAUUAUUAAUUCGAAAUUCCUAACGUCACAUGAAUACAAGCGUGCUGAGAUCUCAUUAUUUAAACUAAUUCAAAUUCAGAGUUACGAAAAUGAAAUAAAGUGUUUGAAACAAUAUGGUAAUCUAAUCGGCAGCAAAAAACGAUUUAGCAAUGAAAUAAUUUCUUUAAAACCAUACCUAGAUGAAGAUGGUGUUCUCAGAUCUAUGAGUAGAAUUGAUAAAACCGACUGUGUUAGUAUGUCAACAAAACGACCAAUAAUACUCUCGCAACAUCAUCAUGGUACAGAGUUACUUGUUACUGAUUAUCAUGAAAGGUUUCGCCACAUUAAUCACGAGACAGUAGUGAACGAGAUAAGAAAGAAAUUCUAUAUUCCUAGACUGCGACAAUUCCUGAAGCGAAUUCGAACAUCUUGCAAUCGGUGCAAAAUACUCCGAGCAAAACCACGAAUCCCGGAGAUGGCCGAAUUACCAGCUGUUCGUAUGACACCUUACACCCCUCCAUUUACUUACACAGCAGUAGACUACGGUGGACCUUUUGAAGUGAUCAAUGGACGAAAAUUGGAAAAACGGUGGAUCUGCCUCUUCACAUGCUUGGUCGUGCGAGCGGUUCAUAUAGAAAUUGCCUAUAGUUGCAGCACCGAUUCGUUUAUUUUGUGUUAUCGAAAUUUUCUAAGUCGAAGAGGACCUGUAAAAAAAAUAUUCAGUGAUCGGGGAACGAAUUUUGUGGGGGCCGAAAAAAUUUUACGACAAGACUUAAAGCAAAUCGACUCACAAACAAUAGCCUCUAAAUUUAUAAGCGCGGGUCUCGAAUGGCAUUUCCACCCUCCUGGGUCACCACACAUGAACGGGUGCGUAGAACGUUUAAUUAAAUCAGUCAAAAUUGCCUUGUAUGCUGUUAGCGAUGUCACCACCUACAAACCUAACGAUGAGCUUUUUCGAAGUUACCUAAAGGAAGUUGAGGAUAUGAUUAACUCAAGACCCUUAACCUACUUACCGUUGGACAGUGAAGAAUCCGAAUCUCUGACUCCUAACCAUUUCCUGCGGCAAUUAACUGAAGGCUCGUCACCAAUUCCCUUUGAAGACCUAAAUGAAAAUGUAAAGUUGUAUAAAACAAAUGCACUAAUGUCUCAACUGUACGCGAAGCACUACUGGAAAAGAUGGAUCCUGGAAUAUUUGCCAACAUUGACCAGAAGAGAGAAGUGGACUAAGCGUGCUGAACCUCUUCAAGUAGGAGAUAUAGUUUUGCUUAUCGAUGAGAGAAGUUCCCGCAAAUCAUGGCCCAAGGGUAGAGUACUCAAAGUUCAUAUGUCUAAAGAUGAUCAAGUUAGAAGCGCUACAGUCAAAACUGCAGACGGGAUUUACAACCGACCAGCUGUUAAACUAGCCAAGUUGGACAUAGGUGAAGAUGUACAUUUAAGCGAAGCACUGGAUCAAUGUACCGAGGGGGAGAAUGUCAAAAAAACCAACUUAGCAACACACACCCUAUAA